AGGCUCUUCUCAGUCCUGUGUGUCUCAGACCACUCUGGACAGACUCUGUCCUUAUAAAGGCUGGGCCCUCUACUUCACUGAAGGUAGGUGUGUAUCAGUGGAGGAGAACGGCUCAUAAUAAUGGCUGGAAUGGCGUAAAUGGAAUUGCAUCAAACACAUGGAAGACGUGUUUGAUGUAUUUGAUACCGUUCCACUUAUUCCACCCCAGCCAUUACCACGAGCCCGUCCUCCUCAAUUACGGUUCCGCCAACCUGUGGUAUGUGUGUAUUGUCUAUAUGCCUAUUUUUUUUGUAAUGAUCUAAUUGUGUGUGUGUUUCCUGUAUGAAGGUUUCGUAGAGAGUUCUCCGUAUGUGGAGAAGAUCAAAGUGUUUGAACAGUACUUCACCUCACAGAUACACCUUUACGACAAAGUAAGAUGAAAAAACAGAGUUUUCAGCACAUUGUUUUAAGCUCUGAAAAUAGUAGCCUUUGGCGAGCAGGUAAGCUUAAUUUGUGUGUGUGUGUGUAGGAUGAGAUUGAGCGUCAGGGCAGUGUGUUGGUGGACUAUAAGGGUCUGGUUGAGGAUAAGGAGGUGUGUAUGGCUCUGCCGGACCUGGCCAAUCAGCUGAGAGAACAACCAGAGACCACCCUCAACUGUCUGGGCCUCGCCAUACACCAGGUACACACACACACACACACAUACUUCACUGAAGGUAGUUGUGUCUAUGUAUUUUAAUGUGUGUGUGUGUGUGUCAGGUUUUGACGGUGGACUUGGAGAGACACGCUGCAGAGUUACACGGGGAAGGGCUUCCUGGGGGAGCCACACCCAUCAUUAACAUACCACACAUCAGCGCCAGGUAAAACACACGCACACUCUCUCUCACGGUCUCUCUCUGACUCAGUUUCAGGUUGUAUAACUGUGUGUUUGUUUCAGGUUGUAUAACUAUGAGCCAUUGACAGCCCUGAGGAUGCUGCGUGCGAGUGUGUUUGGUCGGUUGGUGUGUGUGAGGGGGACCGUGGUCCGUGUCAGCAACAUCAGACCACUCUGCACACGCUUGGCCUUCACCUGCUCCGGCUGCUCACACACACACACACUCACCCUGCCACACGGCAAGUUCACCACGCCCACCAAGGUACAACACACACUCACCUUGCCACAGAGCACUUUCACCACAACCUACAUUGGAUUGAACCACAGGCUGUGUGUGUGUGUGUACUGAUUGUGCGAGCGUGUGUUUCUUCAGUGUGUGCAGCCAGAGUGUCGCAGUCGUUCAUUCGUCCCCAACAGGAGCUCCCCUCUCACCCUCACUGUGGACUGGCAGAAUAUCAAGUAACUACACUAUUAUUUAUCAUGCUUAAACAUAACUAUCCAAUCCUCUUAGAUCUCCAGACAUGUAUAGGGUGUAUGGGCUAGGGGUCUGUGUCUAGGGUGUAUGGGCUUGGGGUUCAUGUCUAAGGUGUAUGGGCUAGGGGUCCGUGUGUAUGGGCUAGGGGUCAGUGACUAGGGUGUAUGGGCUAGGGGGAAAGGGUUUAGGGGACUGAGGCUGUUGAUGCAAACUAUCUCCCAUGGUGCCCCAGGGUCCAGGAGAUGAUUGGAGGAGAGCAGAGGGAGGCAGGGCGGAUCCCUCGGACAGUGGAAUGUCACCUGACCUCUGACCUCUGUGACAGUGCUGUCCCUGGAGACACUGUUACUAUUACUGGAACAGUCAGAGUCAGCCAAGACGACGGUAUACACACACACACACACACACACACACACACACACACACACACACACACACACACACACACAGUUGUUAACAUCACUGGCACUGUCUGAGUAAUUGAUGAGGUGUGUGUGUAGGCGGCAGCAGGGGGAAGAAGGAUAAGUGUAUGUUCCUGCUCUACAUCGAGGCCAACUCCGUCAGCAACUCUAAAGGUAGUUGUAGGUCUGUUAUUGUGUAGUUGUUACUCAUGUUAUUGGGAGGCCGAAGGCCAAACAAUGAAGUGUUUCCAAAUUGCGUGGACAAAAAGUUUGUUCUUAAGGUCAGAAAGUAAAGGAGGCUGGAGGUCAGGGGUCGUCUGGAGGUGAACGGUCAUCGGGGAUAGAGUUCUCUUUGAAGGAGCUGUACGCCAUCCAGGAAAUACAUAGCCAACCUGAUCUACUGAAGCUCAUCGUACAGUAAGACACAAUCAAACACAGAAUACUACUCUACUACUGUACUGUACUGUACUACUAGAGUGCUUUUGAUAUCUAUUGUGAGUGACUGAUGUGACUUGUCUUCCAGCUCCUUGUGUCCAGCCAUCUACGGCCACCUGGUGAGUAAGCCUUUCCAGUGGCCAUGUUGUUUCAGCUAAGCUGUGGCCACGUUUUAAAAAAAUUGUGUUUGUUUAAAAAAAAGUGUGUGUGUGUUUGUUUGAAGCUAGUAAAAGCAGGCCUGUCCUUAGCAUUGUUUGGAGGCAGUCAGAAGCAUGCUGAUGAUAAGAACAGGAUCCCCGUCAGAGGAGACCCUCAUAUACUGGUGGUGGGAGACCCUGGCCUGGGGAAGAGUCAGAUGCUACAGGUAACGUACACACACACUUACACACACGCCAACCUCAAACUCGCCGGUGUAACUGUGUGUGUGUGUGUGGGUAGGCGGUGUGUAAUGUGGCUCCCAGGGGGAUCUAUGUGUGUGGUAACACUACCAGUACGUCAGGGCUGACCGUCACUCUCUCCAGAGACGCUGGCUCUGGAGACUACGCACUGGAGGCUGGAGCUCUGGUACUAGGAGACCAAGGUAGGGGUGGGUGUGUGUGCUUACAUCCCAACUAUCAUCAUCCCAACUGUCAUCAUCCAACCUAUCUGUGCCAUUUGUGUGUGUGUGUGUGUGUCAGGGCUGUGCUGUAUAGAUGAGUUUGAUAAGCUGGGCCACCAGCAGCAGGCGUUACUAGAAGCCAUGGAGCAGCAGACCAUCAGUCUGGCUAAGGCUGGUCUGGUGUGUUCCUUACCUGCUAGGACCUCUGUUAUCGCUGCUGCUAACCCUGCUGGAGGACACUACAACAGGGCCAAGACGGUCUCCGAAAACCUCAAGUAAACAUACACCUUUCAUUUUUAGCUAAUGCUGAACUGUAGGUACAAGUUGACUUAUUUUGUGUAUGUGUGUGUAGGAUGGGCAGUGCCCUCCUGUCGAGGUUUGACGUGGUCUUCCUCCUAUUGGAUGUUCCUGAUGAGUCACAUGACCGCCGGCUGUCGGAACAUGUCAUGGCCGUCAGGUCAGGGAAGGGAGGGGCCUCAGGUGCCGUGGUUACACGAGGAGACGACCAUAAAUCACAGAGUUCACUGCUGGAGCCCUCCGACACACCCCUGUCUGACCGGCUGCAGGUACCCACACACACAAAUGCCAAAGUACUUUACCAAUAUAUAUGGAAUUUCUGACAUUGAGUCCGUCUGUCUGUAAGGUGUGUCCAGGGGAGUGUGUAGACCCCAUCCCCCACUCCCUGCUGAGAAAAUAUGUUGGUUACGCUCGACGCUAUGUUCAUCCCUCGCUCUCUACCGCCGCUGCCCAGACGCUCCAGGACUUCUACCUCUCCCUGCGCUCACACACACACCCUGUCGACGCCACACCCAUCACCACACGUCAGCUGGAGUCCCUCAUCCGCCUCACAGAGGUACUCAAACACAUCACUCAAAUACACACACGUCAUUUGAUCAUUACACAUCCUAAAGUCUCUAACAUGUCACACAGAGGUGACCCUGUGCCCUGACUCCUGACUGUGUGUGUGUGUAGGCGCGGGCGAAGCUGGAGCUCAGAGAGACAGCCACCAAGAGUGACGCUGAAGACGUAGUGGAGAUCAUGAAACACAGGUAACACACUAUCCCACAUACAUUCCCCUGCGUAUCUAUUUGGACAGUGAAGCUAAAACAUUUAAUUUGGCUCUAUACUCUACCAUUUUGGAUUUGAGAUCAAAUGUUUUAUAUGAGGUGACAGUACAGAAUGUCACCUUUCGAUUUGAGGGUAUUUCCAUACAUAUGUUUUACCGUUUAGAAAUGAAUGUACUAUGUGUAUCUAGUCCAUUUGAAGGUGUCAUAAGUGUUUCGACAAAUUCACUGAUAGGUUACAUAAUGGGUACAUAAUGUCACUUAUUGUAAAUAAGAACAGAAUAUGUUUCUAAACACUUGUACAUUAAUAUGGAUGCUACCAUGAUGACAGAUAAUCAUGAAUGAAUCGUGAAUAAUGAUGAGUGAGUAAUUUACAGAUGCACAGAGAUCAUGCCCCUAAAACAUGGAGGGUAGCAUUUUUUGGGAGGUAUGAUAUUUAUACCUCUAAAACUUUCUCUCUCAUCAUUAUUCACGAUUCAUUCAUGAUUAUCCGUAAUCCAUGGUAGCAUCCACAUUAAUGUAGAAGUGUUAAGAAACAUUCUAUUCUUAUUUACAAUAAAAAUGACUCCAAAAGGACACAAUACAUUAUUUACCAUUCAUUUCUAUUGGGCAUAACAUAAUCUGAAACACAACCAAAACAAACUGCAAAUGCAUCCAACAAGUUUGUAGAGUCACAAGCUUGUAGUCAUUGCGUGCUAGCAAUAUGGGACCAAAUACUAAACUUUGGACUAAAUUGCCUACACUAUAAGUGAAUUUGUUCAAAUACUUAUGAUACCUUCAAAUGGGGGGGACUAGAUAAAGUGCUUUCAUUUCUAAACGGUAAAACAGAUUUAUGAAAAUACCUUCAAAUAAAAGGGACAGUUCUGUGGGGGACAUUCUGGUGUGUGUGAAUGUGUAUAUUGUCUGGUGUGUGUGUCAGUCUGGCAGAUACCUUCUCUGAUGGUAGUGGAGGUCUGGACUUUGAGCGGUCGGUACUGGGUGUUGGGAUGAGUCAGCGUUCGGCUGCCAAGAGAUUUAUCACUGCGCUCAACACACAUGCUCAGCGCACACACACCAUGUUGUACGACCUCACACAGCUACGCAGCCUGGCCAAGGACCUCAACAUACAGGUAACACCUACACACACCUUUGUCUGUUGCUUUCUGUCUUACGGCCGCUGUUAUGUUUCAGGUCUUGGAAUUCAAAAGGUUUUGUGUGUGUGUUUUGAAACAGGUUGCUGACUUUGAAGGUUUCAUCAGUUCUCUGAAUGAACAGGGCUACCUGCUGAAGAAAGGACACAGACAGUACCAGCUACAGACUAUAUAACACACAAACAUAAUCUAAAGACCUGCUGUUACUUAAGAAUUGAUUGUGUAUCAGUGAAUUCUUCCAAUACUGAUUUAAUAUAUAACAGUUUAAUACAUGAAUAAUUAAACUGUUUUGAAUAUGAAUUCCUGACCAAUGUUAAUGUAUUUUUUAUAUUUUGACUAUUUGCCUUAGGCAAAUCUUAACAUUUAACUGCUCUGGAGACGAAUGUGGUAAAAUAAAUAAGUUAUAAAUAUUAUGAAC